AUGACUAUCGAAGUACCUCCAACUGCUGCUACCACUGUAGUAGAAACUCCAGCCAAACCCGAUGAAACCAGGACAGAGCCAACAUUGAGCAUUCAGAUCGAACCACCCACUGCUAACAACGAGAGCCCCGAGGAUCUUGUUACACCCAAUGAGGAGAAGCCUACCAGUGCCAAACGAAGGGCUCUUUUCAACAAUCCGUUCAAAGCACCCAAGAAGGAAGCGAACACACCUGAUACACCUACAGCACAUACGACAGAUAUCCCCAAGGAGCAUGCUCAUGCAGAGGAGAAGGCUGCUGUUGCCACUGCUACUGGCGUCACCUCUGGUACAGGAGAAAACAAGAUUAGCAAAGGUCUAGGAAACCUGUAUACCAGAAUCAAGCAAACUGCUAGUAGCCACAACAUCAAAGAUGCCGCAGGAACUUCUCCCCCUCCCGCUACAACUUUAUCUGAACACCCUAUUGCUGAGGAGAAGGAAGCUGCUGCUGCUGCUGCUGCUGUAAAGAAGAAACCCACCCAUUCGUCAUCCUCUUCUUCAUCCUCCUCUUCUGAAGGUGGUCAUGCACAAGCGCAUGAAGCAGAAACGCCAUCCGCAUCAGUCAGCCAUAGUAACAUGAACAAGCGUCAAUCUUUGUUGAGUAAAUUGUUUGGUGGCAGUGGCAAAAAGAAGGAAGAAGAGCAAGCUGAAGCAGAUCACACUACGAGAGAAGUUACCACGCCAAGUCAUGAAGCAGAGACGAAUGAUAGCAUUCCCAACGCCACUGCUGUUGAUCCCGAAUCUGAGGAACGUCCAGCAUCGCCUCCAUUGAGUCGUCGUGUAACAGGAUUCUUUGCCAAAAAGAUUCCAAGUUACAACAAGAAGCAUCCAAAGUCAAACGACAAGGCUGGAGAAGACCAUACUGCUGCUAAUGCUACCACAGAUACUACUACUACUGCUACUGCUGCUGCUGCUGCUGCUGCUAUUCAUCCACAAGAGCCAUCUGAAGCUACCACCAAAGAAGACGCUGAAACAACAACAAACAAAGAUGCUUCUCCUGCCCCCGUUACUACCUCUGCUUAA